AUGGGUAGUGCUGCUAACUCCCUCAUGGAUAGACAGGACGUGCUGGUGACAGAGGCGAGCUGCGACGCCCAUUACUGGGCGGAUUACUGCAUAUCCCCUCCAGCAGAAGGCUUUAAAUACAACCUCGCGGGAGACCACGAGAUUAGCGCCCACGAAACACCAGACUACGACGCCGCCGUGGAGACACUGCGACUUCACCUGCGGAACGCCUUCUAUUCUACCGCCCUUGACACCCUCGGUCCCCACUUCGUCAGCGUCAGGACUGAAUUGACGAUAACGACGCAGAAAUUCACUAUUUGCUUGACCGCAAUAAGCAUGCGUUAA